AUGUACACAAACGUAUUUUCUGUGCUCGCCCUGGCUGGCGCUGCUCAGGCCCAUAUGUCCAUGUACUAUCCGGCUCCUCUAGGGGGCGCUCCUUCCAUCAACCCACAAUCUACGGAGCUGGACCCACAGUUCAACUACCCGCUUGGCUGCUGCGGCCCCGAUGGCGGUGACAGCAAGCCCUCUCCUGGCCUUUGCCGUGGCCAUCUCGACAAAUUCGACACCGAGGAUGCUACUGUUACCUGGCAGCCUGGUCAAGACGCCUACUUUCAACUCACCGACUACGACUACGACCCCGAGGCACCUGGAGGUACCCACUACGGAGGCUCUUGCCAGGUUGGUUUUUCAACCGACAAGGGCAAGACAUGGAAGAUGGCCGCCUCAUACCACGGCGCUUGCCCGCAUGCCACCGAGGAUGGAUCCCCCGAGGCCCAGACCUUCGACUUCAAAGUUCCCACUAACAUGCCAGAAGGCGAUGCCAUCUUCAUCUGGGUUUGGCUCAACCGCGAGCACGAAUCCUUCGAGAACUGUGCUAAGGUUCACAUCGGUGGAUCCGGCUCCGGCUCUGGCUCCGGCGAUACCAGUGAGCCCAGUGAACCGUCUCAGUCUCCAACUCAGCCCGAACAACCCGCUUACUCCGAGACUGAGCCCGAAGAGACCCCCGAGCCAACUUACGCACAGCCUGAGGCGCCUGCUGAGGAAGACGAGGAUGGCGAGCGACACGAGCAGCCACCGGCCCCUACUCCUGUUGAGAACGGCCCCCCGGCUGUUGUUGUUACCACCGUUGUAGCGACCACCAUCUACGAGCAAUAUCAGGCUGCAGAGACACCCACAGUCGAGCAGAGCGACAGCUCUGACCGUGGGCACUGGUGGAACCGUCCUCACAAAGAGGUCAAGGCGAACACUCGCCGCUACGCAGUAGACGGUUCGAGCUGUGAGUGCCGCCGUGACGAGCUUACUCUCGCGGCCCGUUGCGCCUGCGAUUCUACCAACAAGGCCAUUGAACGCAAGGCUCUGCGCAUGCAUCGCCGCACUUUCUACAAGCGUGUUGAUGCUUGUGACUGGAACUCUGCCCCUGCCAUGGAGGUCUCGUACUAUACUCCCGAUGCCAACUGCGCACCCGGUGCCAAGGGCCGCAUGCCGGAGAGCGAUACUUUCGAGCUAGGCUGGGACGUUAACUGCGGUGUCGUUGAGGGCCAGAGCGAGUAUGAGAUCAAGAUGAUGACCUGCGACAUGUACGGUUAG